AUGUCUAAUCAGGAAGAUAUUAAAUUUUUGUCAUAUCAGAGAAUGAAAGGACGUCCAGGCCAUAUGGAAGGUAUCGAUGUGAAUACAGCUCUAGCUGAACAAAGAAGAGAAGCAAAAGCAGAAGAGUGGCGAUGGCGACAGAUUUCACCAGUAAGCGCUGAAAAUGUACGAGACAUCUCAUUGUCUUCUGAAUCAGAAGUGGAAGAAAUCACCUCGGAUGAAGUAUUUACCGAUGAUGAAAAAGCCAGCAAAGCGGAGACAGCGAGUAAAAAAAGGAAAUACAGUCGUGGUUAUAAAGAAGUAAUGACGGAAAAAUUAUCAAUUUUGCUAGAUAGGUGCAAAAUUUCUGAUAGAAAUGCUGUGCGAAUAAUUUUCGCAACAGCUGAAAGUCUGGGCUGUAAUGUCGAGGAAUUUGCACUUAGUAGAAGUGCUUUAAGAAAACGCAGAAUAUCCUUUCGAAGUCAACGGGCCCAGAAAAUCAAGACGAGGUUUAAAAACUUAGACUUAGAGGGUAUUGUUGUUCAUUGGGAUGGAAAACUUUUAGCAAACCUUUUUCAGAAAGAAUGUGCUGAACGGUUGGCAGCCUUGGUAAGCAAAGGAGACUGUGAACAACAACAACUACUGGGGGUCCCAGAAUUAGAAAAUUCCACAGGCGCCAGUCAGGCAGAAGCUGUUAGCGGUAGUCUAAAAGAAUGGGAUAUUGGCGAUAAAAUUGUUGGUAUGUGUUUUGAUACGACGGCUUCCAACACAGGACGAAUGAAAGGCGCAUGCACCUUGUUAGAAAAACAGCUAGGUAAAAGUUUGUUGUACUUAGCCUGCCGCCAUCACAUUUUAGAAGUCGUUUUACGGUCAGUAUUUGAGUACAAAAUGGGAUCAACGACUGCUCCCCAACGUGACAUUUUUAGAAGAUUUCAAAUACAUUGGCCUAACAUAGAUCAGUCUAAAUACAUUGAAGGGGUAUAG